CGUCAAGCCAUAGGGGAGCAGUAAAGGAUUCCCGAUGUCCUGAAAUUGCCACCAAAGAAGAAGAAACCCGGAACACGAAAUGUGGAUUGGCAGGAUCUGUGUAGUGAACCGAACCGUUUCAUGGGACAUCACCCUCAGUGGAGAGGAACCACUCGGUCGAAUCAUGUUUGAAAACUUCCGAGAAAGACUUCACAUGGUGCAACAGGACUUAACGACAGGCUUGAAAACACUGGGUGACAAAUCAAAGGAAUCCAAAAGCAGCAGGAGGAAGUCCAGGUAUGAAGAAAGUCUUCAUUUCAAUGCUGGACUAGACAUCCUCAGCAGGUAUGAAGAGAGUUGGUUUGUGCUCCACAAAAAAACUAAAGACUGUGCUCAAGUUGCAGGGGCUGUUGACGGGGAUGUGGUGAUGCUGUCGGCGCACUGGGAGAAGAGACGAGCAGCACUGAUACAACUACAAGAACAACUACAAAGCUUACCUACUUUUAUCAGUGAACUUGAUGCCAUUACUGCCUCAAUGACUCAUUUGGAAGGUGACUUUGAGCAGAUGGAGAGCAGACUGGCCUAUUUGGAGAAACUUUGUUGCCAGUGUGAACAACAGAUGCUCAAGCAGCAGCAUAUCAACGAAUUGGAAGUCUAUAAGAAAAAGAAGAGGAGAGAAUUGGAGACGCUGGAAGUGGAGCUGAAUGCAGAACAUAACCAGAAAGUUGCAAAGCUAGAGCAGAUGAGGCAGCAGAAACUUAGAGAACGGCAAAAAGUUUAUGAAGAAGCCUUUAACCAAGACCUGGAAAUAUACCGGUCAACUGGAUGUCUUCAGCAUAGAGAACCAGCAGAAGCUGAUAUAGUUGUUCUGGAUCAAAUGACAGUCACCAACUUAUCAGACCAGGAGGCUUUGGAUGAUUUCCUGAACUCUGGUGAUGACUUUAGUUCUGGGGCAUCUCUCACUUCAGGUCCAGACCUGAAGUCUAGCUCUUUGGGAUCCUUAAGCAACUCACAGAGCCUAGUCCCCGACAUAGGAAACCACUCAUCAGACAAAGACUCUGAAUGUGUUCACGAUGACGAUGGCAUCAGUGAGGACAGUGAUGAGCCUGUGGUGCAAUUCGACGAGGAGGACGUUCAGGCGGACAUGACAUUGGUUGGCCUGCAGGAUCUUGACCACGUCAGGGGCUCAGAUGACAGUGACUCUCCAGGGGACAUGCUCUGUGGGUAACCUAACAACCAUGCCCUUGAAAUGUCUCAAGGGUUAAACCCCAUAAUCUUUACUGCCCCCAUAUUUGGACUCAUGCUCAGCCAACACAAGUUGUCUUUUUAUUCUGAAAACAAUGCAAUAGACAAAUCACAGAUGCUUCAAAUGAAUGCUGGGCAUAUAAUUAAUACAUAUGUGUUUAGUUUUUUUUUAAAUACAUUUGUUACUGCUUCUGCCUAGAAAAGGAGAUGAACAAGGACAAGUGUGAAACAAGUUAUACCCUUUGUACUUUAAAGAUGAAUGGAGCGUAUCAAAUUGACCACCACUCUCCAGACUCCAGUUUAAACAUUCCUAAUUAACAAACAAAAUAUGCUGCCAUUGGCCUGUGUCCCAAGUAUAUUCUUCAGUAUUUAUUAUUUAAAUUUCAUUUAUGUAAAUCCA